AUGGAGGGGAAGGUUAAGAGCCCGUUCUCGACUCGAGGGAAAAGGUCGAGUACGUGGACGUGGCGAUGGACUAUGGGAGAGACUUUGGGAGUGAACAUUGACAAGGACAGGGACAAGGACAUGGGCACGGGCAUGAGGGGCACGAGGGUAUGUUUGUUCGUGCCUGUCGGAGGAAGAGAAAGCGCCCAGAGGCUGAAGGAAGGCACGAAGGAGAUGUGGAGUCGAGGGAAGGAACAGGGUAGGGGAACAGGGAAGGAGCAUUGUCAAGAAGGGAAGGAACCAAUGAGACAUGUCGACUUGACGCUGAAAGAAACGCCUUCCCAUUGCCCAAGACAAGUUGAACAUACGAGAGACGUCGAUGAUUGGAUGACAUGGAUUGGACUGCAUAAAACAACUUUAAACAAUCGACAUGGGGGGGAGCAACUUGGACAGGAUAGACAAGCACACAAGGAACACGAAAGGCUCAGUUUACUUCCCGCCAAUGGCUCUGCAGAUCUGCCUCUUCCCAUCUCAUCCCCAACCACACAGUCCACACACUACACAGUAACAACCCCACCAACCCACCAACACUUCACCAACUGACCAUCCCAUCCCAUCCCAUCACUAUCUACGCCGUACGCCGUACACAGUACACAUUUCUCCUUCAAUAGGUACGCGAGUCUGUGGAUACGCUCUCUCCCGUCGGCGCCUGCUGCUACCCUUUCUCUUUCCACCUAAGACUCAUCAGUGUGUCAAUCCAUCCUCGAGUCUCGAGUCUCGAGUCUCGAGUCUCUGUCUGGUCUCAGUCACUCAUUGUAUAGAACGAUGGGUCGCAUAAAGUCUGACCCUUCCGUCCGACUCUUCAUCAGAGAAUUAAAUACAUACUGUGCUUGGUACUAUACAGUACAGUACUGCUACUUUAC